CACCAGUCUUUAUAAAUAUUGUGAACUGUGCUUGUUUCAUUUCCGAAAAAAAAUAAUGUGAGAUGAUAACAGGAAAAAAAAGACAUGAGACCUACUUGAGAAACCGCCAUAUGAGAGAUAGAUAUUAGAGAGAUAAUCAAUCAGAUAAAACUUCCAUAUCAGCCAAAUAUUAACGGUGACACACCCGAGCGAGCAAACCAUCCCACGCUACGGGGGGACGGCAGAGGGACCAUGCAUGCCAACACCCUCUCGCUCGUUGCUAUUUGGGGUAUAGUAUUGACCACACGGGGACAUGUACACAGUCAGCCCGUGGAAACCUCCGUCUACACCAUACGAGAGGAAGAUGUGGUGUAUCGGGCUGCUGUGUUGGAGUACAGAGCUUAUGAUGAUAUGGCUGAAGGCGGGUUGGCUGUGUUGAGAGAGAAUGCCCGGGUUUUCGUCGAGUACGCAGAGGCGGCCAGGCAACAGGGUGCAGACAUCAUCGUGUUCCCCGAGUAUGGGCUGACUGGCUCGACGUCACGCAGUCUCGCUGACUUCAUGAGCAAAACGCAAGCUUUACCCGACCCAGGCACAGGCACCGUCCUUUGCAACAGCACCGAUACGUCUGAGUCUAUCGAGGCGGUCCGCGUGCUGAGUUGUGCGGCGGCUGAGCUCGGCAUGUACCUCGUCGUGAACCUCGCUGAGCAGGUGCCUUGUGAACCCCAGAUGAACCCGCGUGGACACCUGCAGGGGUCCGCUCUCGAGUCGACGAGGGGCAUUGGGGAGGAGCCUUUAGGAGGGGGAGGAGGAGGAGGGAGAGGGGGAGAAAGAGAUUCUGAAGAAGGAGAUGAAGAACAUAAAGAUCUUAGAGGAGAAGAGACAGAUCCUGGCGAAGGAGGACGGAAAGAGCCUAAUCAAAAAGUAAAUAGAGAUCCUAAACACAGGGAAGGGAAGAGAGACCUUGGAGAAGGAGAUGAAACGAGAGAUCCUGAAGGAGGCGACGGAGGAGGAGCACCUCGCGAAUGCCUGGACUCGGGUUUUUAUGUCUUCAAUACGGAGGUCGUGUUCGAUCGCGCGGGCGUCGUGGUGGCCAAAUACCAUAAGAAAUCCCUCUACCUCGAGCCGGGCUUCACUCCGGGGUCACAGGACGAUAAGGAAGCUAUCUUCACUACCGAUUUUGGGGUCACGUUUAGCUUGCAGGUACUGGUGUGUUUUGACAUCCUCUACGGCGGACCAGGAACAAGCAACGUGGUCGAACGAGGGGUGACCGACGUUAUAAUGAGCAGUUACUGGGUGGAUGAGCUGCCUUUUCUUGCCGCUCCUCAGAUGUGGCAGAGCUGGAGCGAGGGCCUGGCCGUCAAUCUAAUGGUCGCCAACUUCCACAACCCGGAGGAGGGAGCUCUCGGCUCGGGCAUAUUCCGCGGUCUAACUUCGCAAGAGAGCCUUUAUACAUACGACCCCAACAGCGGGACUAAGCUUCUGGUUGGGGAGGUCGUGAGUCGUCGCACCACGCCGCUGCCGGCACCGACUGGCCACGGCGACGACGCUGCGACGCCCGAGGGAACGACAGGGGUGGGCAGUGAUGGCACACUGAUUCAGUCUUCUUCCCAAGCAGUACCUGUGAGAGAGGAAGUUACCAUGGGCAUUCACCAGGAAGCGUCUUGGAUCCCUACUGAUAACGGGGAUGUUGAGAAGAAAGGCCACCCCGAGGCAGAAGGAAGGGAAAUCCGCACCGAUCGCGUCUUUUUACACGAAGACCUUGAGCGGUAUUCCAAUUUCGCGCUUGAGAGAGGGGACGGUGUGAUGGAGAGGAGUCUUUGUCACAACGACAGUCUCUGUUGCUCUGUGACGUAUUCCUUCCCCGCCGAUCCCACUGACGAGUCUUCCUUCCUGCUCCUUGCUUACAGUGGCGUGGCGGAGAAAGGAGAUGGGGCGUACUUACUAUUUACGCAAGUCUGCGCUAUCGUGUACUGCUUGAACGAAAACGUGACGUCGUGCGCGCGGAUCGAAGAAAACGAGGCUCCACAGAAAACGUCUUUCCGCGCUCACAACAUCACGGGGGACUUCGAUACUUCUUACAUAUACCCUUCCGUCUUCACCCAAGAACUCAAGCUCGUCGACACAUCUCUGUGGGACUUCGAGUCUUCGGUUUCAAGUGAGAAGAUGGUGAAGAGUACGCUGGUUUUGCACGAGGAUGUAGAUUACCUGCUGUCACUUAGACUCUUUGGUCGUUGGUUCGAUAGGGACCCUUAGUAUAUUUUUCUGGUUUACACUAUUUGAUUUUUGUCUCAUGCAUGUAUGAUCCCUUAGGUACUCGUGUCAGAGCUGAACAGAAAUAUAAAAGGCAAAUAAAAUAAUAUGCAGUAUA